UCUAGAAUAUAUAUUGAGUAAUUAUACUAUCAAAAUCCCAUAAAUUGAUAGAAGAAAAAUAAAAGAAAACUUUGGCCUUCAAGGCUGUACUGGACUUUUACUUGCAGUUUUGAACGGUUUGGCAAAACUGGGAAAUUUGCUUGUUGGAAUUAGUAGGAUUCAAAAACUCCAAAUAUGGAUGAACACGAGAUAUUAUGUGAUUCUUUAAUGACCUGGCUUUCAAAUUUCGAUGUUCCUGCUCCACAUCAAUAUCCUCAUGAAGUAACAGACGGAGUUGCAAUCGCUCAAAUAUUGGGCCAAAUAGACGGUGAAUUUUUCGAUACAACGUGGUUGUCCAGGAUAAAAGAAGACGUCGGGGAUAACUUUAGACUCAAGACAAACAACCUCAAGAAAGUUCUCAAUCAUAUGAUCGACUAUUUCAGAGAAGUCACUGGAAAUGAGCUUGUUGGAUUUCAACUUCCUGAUUUGAUGGCAAUAAGUGAACAGACUGAUAAACAACAAUUAGGAAGACUUCUGCAACUCAUACUAGGAGUCGUGGUGAAUUGUAGCAAAAAGCAACACUACAUUGAGGAAAUUAUGCAACUAGAUGAAGAUGUACAACACGUGGUUAUGACAGCAAUUCAGGAACUCAUGCAACACUAUGUUCCCUGCGGAUCUGAAAACAAUGACACAGCAAAUUCAGACAUGAGUCAGGAAUUACAAUCACUACGGCAACGAAUGACAGAACUGAUUGCGGAGAAAGAAGAAAUGGCGCAAAGGUGUCAUGAGCUUGAUAAUCAGCUGACUACGAUUUCUAUCGAACACACAACUCUGCAAUCAGACCAUGCAAUGCUUUUCGAUCAGGUUGCCCUGUUACAUGAAGAGAAAUCCAACAUACAAUUAGAGAACGAACAACUACAAGAAAGACUUUCUGCAGAACAUUUUGAUGACCCUACAUCGCCAGCUAGUGUCAGACAUACACAAAUGUUGCAGCAGAUAGAGAUACUGCAAGAAGAGACGUACAGGUUGGAAUCGGCGAGAGACGACUUUAAACUUCGUUGUGAGGUACUGGAGCGUGAACUGACAGAAUCACAGACCCGUGUCGAUGACCUUUCAACUCUAGCGGACGAAUCACGAAUGUUAAAAGACGAGAUUGAUUAUCUCCGUUCCGCAUCGAUUAAAGCCACAAAGUUGGAAGCUACCGUGGAAACGUACAAAACAAAAUUGAAAGAACUGGGUGAUUUGAGAGGACAGGUUAAACUCUUAGAAGAUAAGAACACUUCGUUUAUGGAACAAACCGUUCAACUUGAGGAAGAAUUGAGAAAAGCAAACGCAGCCCGAGUGCAAUUGGAUACGUAUAAGAGACAGGUAUUAGAUCUUCACAAUAAAUUAUCAGAAGAGACGAGGAGAGCAGAUAAAGCAGAAUUCGAAGUGAAAACAAGAUCGGAGAAAAUCAAGAAUCUUGAAGCAGAGAAAGAGAGAUUAUCUAUUGAGCGGGACUCCUUGCAAGAAACCAAUGAUGAAUUGCAAAUGACCUCUCAUCAACAAGGGUCAAAGAGCAUGACCCAGGAAACAUUAUUAGGAAGUGGUGAUUCUGGUUCUGAUGGAUUCAGCAUGAAUCCUUUAGAAAUGAAAGAGAAGUUGAUCAGACUCCAACACGAGAACAAGAUGUUGCAAGCUCGUCAAGUUGAAUUGGGAGACGAACGAACAGCGGAACUUACGUCAAAACUAGAGGUCGCUAAUGCACGAAUUAAUGAACUUGAAACAGAAACAAGGCUAAGCAACCAAAGAUCCCUGGAACUCCAGAAUCAAGUGAAAGAUCUUCAGUCUGAUCUGCAGGAUAAAGGAUCACAGUUGGAAGAUCCUCAUAAUGCUGCUUUGAGAAAGAAGUUAGAAGAACAUUUAGUCAAACUUCGAGAUCGUGACUCAGAGCUUCAGAACAAGAAAGCUUACAUUGAAGAGAUCGAACCUCAAGUAUCGGCUGGUGAUCGACAGGUCAAUGAAUUGAAAGAAUUGCUGAAAAAGAAAGAAGAUGAUAUGAGGAAUAUGGAGGAAAGGUACAAAAAAUAUCUUGAGAAAGCGAAGACAGUUAUCCGAACGUUGGAUCCGAACAAAAACCAACAGCAAUCUGGAACUCAAAUGGAGAAACUGAAAGCUCAGUUGAAUGAAAAGGAUAAAUUGCUCAAACAGGCUGAACAAGAAAGAGAGAAAACCAAACAGACUAGAGAUCAAGAAGAAAGGAUGAUUGUGAAUGCCUGGUAUAAUAUGGGCAUGAAACUGCAUCGGAAAGCAGUCGAUGAGCGACUGUCUCACACCAACCCAGGCCAAUCAUUCUUAGCAAGGCAACGACAAGCUUCUGCUGCGAGAAGAUCUCACCCUGGGUCUGCCGCAAGAAGUUAUUUAACCAAAGCAUGAAGAGCUAACCAUGCGUGACCUCUCUCCUAUUCUCUGUCUCUCUCAUUUUUGAUGUUGACGUGGGAUGCACGGACGUUUUGUUUUGUCAUACAAGUUGAAUUGUUCUGUCACAAUAUAUUGUUGGUGAUAUCACAAGAGUGAUUUUAUCGUUUCACAAUUAUCAAUUUUAUACUGCCAUUGUUUUAUCACAGUUUGUCAAUAGUGAUGUAAUAAUUAUCAAUUAACCAAAUAUUUUACUUGCCAUAAUUUUAAUGAAAUAGAAGAGAAAAAUUGUUUUCAUUGAUCUUUCCCUAUUUUAUGAUUUGGCUUAUGCUGCUUUAAUCGGAUGAAUUUGGAAAACCUGUCAUUUUUUAGUUUUUGAGACUUGGUCUUUUGAUUUUAUCAUGAAUUUACAUUAAUUUCCAAUUUUUAGCCAUUGAGGAAUAUUUCUUGGUACUCCCGAAGAAUGUGAACCAAGAUGACGGAUACUGGAACGUAGUAUGUGUACCAGGUUAGGCCGUAAUUUUAGGUACAAAUACUACGGGAGUCACUUGGCUAGUCCCCGAACUCGUAAUAAAACUAAAAUAAGAAAAAUUGGAAUAAAAUUAUGGCCUAACCCUAACCUGGUACGCAUACUAUGUUCCAGUGCUGCCAUCUUGGUUCACAUACUUCGAGAGUACUUAUUUCUUUAUUAUUAUAUGACCAAGCUUGAGCCAAUUAUGCUUUAUACCAUUUAAGCAUGGUUUAUGUUUGGAGCAUGUCCGGCUCAAGAUGUUUUUAAAUUCAUUUCAUUUUUUAUUUGUUUUAACAUUUUAUUUGUGUUGUUGCAUGUUGUCAUGACUACAGACUAGACUCAGAUCAGCAUCGUCUUGCAGACACGCUUGCUACAUGGACUUAUAUGUGAUGUGCUACUACAUGCUGUGUCAAAAUAUUUGUUUACAUGCUGCUACAAUAUAUCUAUCCCAUAUUUUAUUUUAAAUUUA